AUGCAUGCAUUAACACAGAUGAAUAAAGUGUUUGCGGAUGAUGAGUACCUGAUCAGGAUAUUGAACGAUCUUUUUGAUGUUGAAGAGUAUGGCUGUGUCAGAAGUGUAUCUCAUGCAACUGAUGAACAAGAAAGCGUAAUAUGUAGUGUGUGUCUUGAUGCAACAGUAGAUAAGUUUGUUUUUCUUACUUGUGGUCAUCGCUUCCACUCAAAGUGCAUUGAGAUGUGGCUACAAGCGAGAAAAAAUUGUCCAUAUUGUAGACAGAUGGUCAACAGUUGA